AUGUACUGGCUAGCCGUGGUAUGCGGGGUGAUAUCGUGCGCGCACGCACAGUUGACGGCUCAGUCAAGUUUAGCACCAGAGCUAAGAGAAUGUUAUACGGAUCCGGCACUAGUUAACAGAAACAACUUGCCGCCCACCACCAUGCCCGUGCUCAUCGACAUCAUCCGCAAGAUUGAGGACAACCCCAACAUUAACGUAGACUUGAGACAGCUUGCAGUUUUACUACUUCAUACGUACAGACAAGAUGGUAUCGAAUACCAUCAACCUGAAGUUGGCUCAGGUGUUUCAUCAACUAUUCUUCCUUUUGCACCCACCUUCCAUUCAUUUUACCGACACAGGUUACUUCUUACAAGAAUCAUUCCUGGGAACUUGCAAGUACUGAGUAAUACAACGGUUAACUCCGAAUUAAAGUGCGCUCUACAUUAUAUGCUUUCUACAACGGUUGACGCUCGAGUACGCGGUAAUGAAAACAGCUGCAACCAGUUGUCUCAGUAUAGAGCCUUGCGGACCGCAAGAGAUGUCAGUCUCGUUAAUGACGAUGUUGAAAUACUCGACCUAUCAAAGUUAAAAGGAGCAGACAGUAACGGACAGAUUAGGCAAUAUAAUCCAAAAGAUGACGUCGAGUCUACAUACACGGGGAGCUCGAAGUCCGAACGGCAGGUUUUAGGACAAAGUACGUGCCCAAUACUCAGCGGCGUAGUAAAUACACGAUGGGGUGCUGUCUCCGCUGGCAAUCUUAUUGCGGGUAUCGCAGCUGGAGCGGAAUUGCAGCAAGUGCCAAUUCAAGAACUGACCAAGAGUUCAAUCCUCAACUACAAUAACGUACAAAGUAGCGUCACGUCUAUUUAUCCAGCGACAUUAUCCGGUGACUUGGCUGAAGCAGUGCUAAUUCAAGGAACUGAAAGAGGCAAUCCAUCAAUCUCUAUUGGAACUGCCGGAAACUGGAACAGUUCACAAGCAACUAGAUUUUACAUGCUUCACAGUCGUUUAAACAUCGAGAUGACGGAUCCUGAAAUACGUGGAGACAUCGAUGGUUUUGUACUUGGCACUACUUUAACUUCUGUAUUGGGAGUGUCCAGUACUCUUAAGUUAUCACAGCUGUUAGAUAUGUAUUAUACCGCAAGGAAUGGAGUUUAUAAUCCAACUCUAAGGGCCUGUAACCGUCAAGCAUUGGGUCAGCAGUACAUAAAUAGCAACCGAUUGGCCUCAGAGACCUAUACUUUUGCUGCGGCUUUGGACACUAACAUGCCUCUCAGAGGAACCAUUACCGGAGGCCUCGAGGAUCUAGUAAAUAGUGCUGUUACCAAUUUUCAAACAUAUACCGCAAACAACCUGAAUGACAUGAACUGUAUUACAACGGAGGCGACUACAGUGGACUAUCGCUUAAAGACCAACUUAUAUAUAGUACUGGAUGCCACGUGGCAGUACAAUGCUGUAUAUCCCGCAAUAUCUUACCUAUUGGACAAUAUUGAAGUAAGCAAGUACGGAUCAAGCGUAACUCUAUUAAAUGCAUUUGACGGAAACAUCAUUGUGAACAAAACCUUUUCUAUAUCAGACUUUCAUACAAACUACACAUUAGCAAAACAUCAGGCCUUGUUUACAGGAGUAAAUCUUGAAUCAACUCUUACGAACAUCCGCAUGAUGAUGCACAGCGAGCUUGAAAAUGAGAAAACUACCAACUAUGUAGGCGGCAAUGCCACGGUACUACUAUUCCUACUCAACAGUGGCAACAUACAAAACACGCCUGCCGUCUGGGAACAAGCCAGGAUACUAAAUGAAACAGUACCCGAUUUAAGAAUUAUUUUCGCAACUGCAACAAAUCAGUUCGACAAUCUUUGGAACUUGGUACGGGAUUUACAUAAUGACAUUAGAACUAUAUCACUGAAUACAGAAGGAACAAACGUUGAAAUCUCUAUGAAUCCCAUAUUGGAAAGAAUCGGUCAAGUUGGAAGAAGGAUUAUCAAUCCAACGUGCGGUUCAGUUUACCCGGCAGACUCGUCCUCAGGCAGUAGACACUUCGAAGAUUUCGUUGAACCUGGUUACAUAAAUUUCUAUGCAAUGAGCCCAAACUAUUUCUAUCAAAACAAUGAUAACAGAAAAAUACGUAUAACGCGCAGCGGCGCCGGAAGUGGCAGUUUGAUUGUUUGCUAUUCGCGCGUAGUACCACAACCCAGACAAAACGCAACGCUUUCGGGGUAUGAAGAGAACGCAGUAAUCUGUCAAACAUUGGCAUCUAGUGGUAAUAUAGAAAUAAGCCUACAAAAUGCUUGCGAUGGGUACUGGACGGUGAAUUCCUGUCCAUUCUUUUAUAUUUCCGUGCAAUCAUCAGCUGCUUCUUCAUCUUUGAGCGCUACUUGUGCCGAAAAAUCUUGCAGAUUUCCAUAUAACAUUAGAUACCAGGUGCAAGUAGAAGAAUUGGGAUGCUUCAGCAACGCUGUAACAAUGAGCCUCAGCUUCGUUAUGUUACUAUCUGCUAUUUUUGUCAGCUUGUUUAGUUGGCAUUAA